AUGGACUCAAAGUAUCCCGAAGAGAAGCUCAACAACACCACCACGUCGGCCUAUGCCUCCGCCACCGCCUAUGAGCAACACUCGCACCAUGGCAUGACCACCGCCACUCACUCGAUCAGCAAGCAGGACCACAGUUUCGAGGAUGGCAAAGUCGUGUACCCGUCCGGCUUGAAGCUCGUCUUAAUCAUCAUCUCGUUGUGCCUAGCCGUUUUCCUCGUCGCCUUGGAUCAGACCAUCAUCGCCCCGGCCCUGGGCACCAUCACGGCCAACUACGGCACCGUUAAGGACAUUGGCUGGUAUGGCGCCGCAUACCUCCUCACCACCACCGCCCUGCAGCCCAUGUACGGCACCAUCUACAAGCUCUUCAGCAUCAAGUGGGCCUACCUCGGAGCUAUCGCCAUCUUCGAGACCGGCUCCCUCAUCUGCGCUUUGGCCCCGACCUCCACCGCCUUCAUCGUAGGCCGCGCUGUCGCCGGCAUCGGCACCGCCGGCCUAGUUUCCGGAUCCAUCGUCAUCAUCUCUUACACCAUGCCCCUACAGAAGCGGCCCAUAGCCAUAGGCCUCAUCGGAGGCAUGUGGGGCGUCGCCUCCGUCGCCGGCCCUUUGUUAGGCGGCGUCUUCACCGAGAAGGCCACCUGGCGCUGGUGCUUCUACGUAAACCUGCCCGUCGGCGGCAUGGCCAUGCUCUUCAUCGUCUGUCUCCUGACCAUCGACCAGAAGAAUAACGCUCUCGGCGAGUCCGUCUUCCGGCGCAUUAUGCAGCUCGACCUCAUCGGCACCGCCAUCUUCAUCCCCGCCAUCAUCUGCCUGAUCCUCGCGCUGCAAUGGGGCGGCAGCGUGUACGCCUGGAGAAGCGCUACCAUCAUCGGCCUGUUGGUCGGCUCCGUCCUCAUGGCCGCCAUCUUCGUCGUCAUCCAGUUGUGGCAGGGCGAUAGUGGCACGCUGCCCCCCAAGCUUUUCAAAAACCGUAACGUACUCUGCUCCUUCCUCUUUGGCGUCUUCUUCAGCGCCGGCUUCUUUCCCCUCAUCUACUACCUGUCGAUCUACUUCCAGGUUAUACAGGGCGCCAGCGCCGUCCAGGCUGGCAUCAAAAUCCUGCCCUUCCUCCUGUCGUCUGUUGUCGCCACAAUCGGCGGCGGUGCGCUCAUCUCCUACGUCGGCUACUACAACGCCGUCGCCAUCCCCUCCGUCGUCUUGUACGCCGUGGGUAACGGCUUGAUCACAACUUUUGACGUCGACACGCCCAUGCGCGCGUGGUUCGGCUACCAGGUCAUCGCCGGUCUCGGCACCGGUGCCUGCUUCCAGCUUGGUAUGCUCGUAGUGCAGACCGUCCUACCCCAGGAGGAUGUCCCCGUCGCCUCGGCCUGCGUGCAGUUCUUCCAAGCCUUGGGCGGCGCCAUCAUGAUUGCCGUCUGCCAAACGCUGUUCCAGACGGGGAUCAUCAGCGGCGUCACCAAGAACGCCCCCGGUAUCAACCCCGCCAUCUUCAUCAACUCGGGAGCCGACCAGGUCCGCGGCAUCCUGACCAAGAUGGGCCGCGUCGACCUGAUCCCGGUGGUGCUGGAGGCCUACAUGGUGGGGCUGAGGCACACGUUCUAUGUCGCGGUCGCUGGCGCGUGUGGCGCCUUCCUCGUCUGCCUGGGUCUCCAGUGGAAGAGUGUUAAACAGCAAGACAAGGGCGGCGCCGCUGCCGUUGUUGUGUAG